CGAGGUGUGGGGAGAGGGUGCCGGAUCCAGGUGUAGAGAGGGGCGGCGUGAAGGCGAAAAGAGCGGGUCCGCCCCUUUCCGGCCUGGAAAGUAGUUUCUCUGGGUCCCUGGGAACGUCGGAAUACCAGAUUUGGAUCCGUAGGGGCGGGGUCCUUGGAGGGAACUUGAGCGCCCCCUUCUGGGAAUCGGCGGGUCUGUUCGCAGGGACUGCUGUUGGAGCCUGAUUGGUUAGACAGACGUUCCCCGAAGCCACGGAAAGCCCUACCCGCGGAGGCGGGGGUGGGGGAUCCCUGGCUUAGUACUCCUGCCAUCUCCUGUCAUCGCAGGGCCCCUUCCCUAGUGGCAUAUGUCCCUUGUCCGGGGCCAUGGAGACAUUGCAGCCACCACGGCGGCGCCUCUGUCUGAAGAAGGGGAAGUGACCUCCGGUCUCCAGGCUCUGGCUGUGGAGGAUACCGGAGGCCCCUCUGCUUCGGCCGACCAAGCCGAGGAAGAGGGAGAAGGAGGCCGGGAGGAGGCUGAGCAUGAGGGGUCCGGGGCCAAGGAGGUGCAGGGAGAAGCCCCCAGCCCUGAGGGGGAGGAGCGUGCCAAGGGAGAAUCCGAAGACUGGUGCGUGCCCUGCAGCGAUGAAGAAGUGGAGCUGCCCGCAGAUGGGCAGUCCUGGAUGCCACCCCCGUCUGAAAUCCAACGGCUCUAUGAACUGCUGGCUGCCCACGGUACCCUGGAGCUUCAGGCUGAGAUCCUGCCCCGCCGGCCACCCACGCCUGAGGCCCAGAGUGAAGAGGAGAGAUCCGAUGAGGAGCCAGAGGCCAAAGAGGAGGAAGAGGAAAAACCACACAUGCCUACAGAAUUUGACUUUGAUGAUGAGCCAAUGACACCAAAGGACUCCCUGAUUGACCGGAGGCGCACCCCAGGAAGCUCAGCCCGGAGCCAGAAACGGGAGGCCCGCCUGGACAAGGUCCUUUCAGACAUGAAGCGACACAAGAAGCUAGAGGAGCAGAUCCUUCGUACCGGCAGGGACCUCUUCAGCCUGGACUCAGAGGACGCCAGCCCCGCCAGCCCCCCACUCCGGUCCUCAGGGAGUAGUCUCUUCCCCCGGCAGCGGAAAUACUGAGGGUGCCGAGUCUGCCUGCUGGAGCCUUGGCCCACCUUCCCUCACCCAGGGCCUUGGGCAAGAGGAGAGAUGCUCCCAGACUCCCACCACAACACCUUGCCAAAAGGAGGACUGACGUGUGUGUAUGUGUGUGUGUGUGUGUGUUUAUGUUUUCUCUUGAACAUCUGUUGGGAGACCUGAGCCAAAUUUUCUGAAUCUAAAAUAAAAAAAAAUUUU